UUGAAACAAUGGGUUCAAAUAAUGUUGAAUUAAAUAAACCACAUGCAGUUUGUAUACCAUAUCCAUCCCAAGGCCAUAUUAAUCCCAUGUUAAAACUAGCCAAAAUUCUCCAUCACAAAGGCUUUCACAUAACUUUUGUCAACACUGAAUUUAACCAUAGACGUCUUCUUAGGUCUCGUGGGCCCCAUUCGCUCGACGGCCUUUCGUCGUUCCGAUUCGAAACUAUUCCUGAUGGACUCCCAACUUGUGAUGCUGAUGCAACACAAGACAUUCCUUCUCUAUGUAAAUCCACAACUGAAACUUGUUUAGCUCCUUUUAGAGAUCUGCUUGCAAAGCUCAAUGAUACUAAUAACACGUCGAACGUGCCACCUGUCUCGUGCAUCGUCUCCGAUGGUAUCAUGACCUUCACCUUAGCUGCUGCACAAGAAUUGGGUGUCCCUCAAGUUCAGCUUUGUACACCUAGCGCUUGUGGUUUCUUAGGUUACAUGCAUUAUGCCACUCUCAUUGAAAAAGGAUAUGCUCCCCUUAAAGAUGCGAGUUAUUUGACAAAUGGAUACCUAGAGACAACUUUGGAUGGCAUACCAGGCAUGAAAGAUGUACGUUUAAGGGAUCUUCCAAGUUUUUUGAGAACUACAAAUCCAGAUGAUUUCAUGAUCAAAUUCGUCCUCCAAGAAACGGAGAGAGGGAGAAAAGCUUCUGCGAUUGUCAUCAACACAUUCAAGACACUAGAGAGUGAAGUUCUUGAAUCACUUCGGACUCUCCUUCCACCAGUGUACCCAAUAGGCCCCUUGCAUUUACUCGUCAAACAUGUUGAUGACGAGAAUUUGAAGGGGCUUGGGUCGAGCCUAUGGAAAGAAGAGCCAGAGUGUUUACAAUGGCUCGAAAAUAAAGAACCAAUCUCUGAACACACACAAGAGCAAAGAGUAAAAGAGUCUAAAGUAUCCAACUCAUCCCAAAGUCGUUUGAUCCUGACACUUUCAGAAAUUUCUCUAGAAAGAGAGUUCAGUAACCAAGAAAUUACCAUGUUGUUAGAUCUGGACCAAGCUCGAUGGAGGUCUGUUCCUGCUUCAGGUUCCACAGUCGAUCCAUCAAUGAAACCUGAUUUGUUCUUAGCAGUCAAGGCUAUCCACAUGCCUCUCUUCCAUCCACCGAAGUUGUUCCCAUCAAAUACAGUAUUGACCAACAAAGUACCAGGAGAAUCAGAAGUUGUUUAUGUCAAUUUUGAUAGCACUACUGUUGUGACUCCUAAUCAACUUAUUGAAUUUGCUUGGAGACUUGCAAAUAGUCAACAAGAGUUUUUGUGGAUCAUAGGACCCGAUAUUGUAUCGGAUUAUGAAUUGAUUCUUCCACCUGAAUUCGUGGUAGAAACUAAGAACAGAGGAAUGUUUGCAACUUGGUGCUCACAAGAAGAAGUCCUUAACCAUCCGGCUAUAGGAGGGUUCCUUACUCACGGUGGAUGGAAUUCGACUCUGGAGAGCAUUGCUAGUGGGGUGCCUAUGCUAUGUUGGCCGUUUUUCGCGGAACAACAGACAAAUUGUUGGUUUAGUGAGACAAAAUGGGGUAUUGGAAUGGAAAUUGAUAAUAAUGUGAAAAGGGAUUAAAUGGAAAGCCUUGUUAGGGAAUUAAUGGUUGGUGAAAAAGGCAAAGAAAUGAAGAAAAAGGGAAUGGAAUGGAAAAAUUUGAGUGAAAUUUCAUCACAAAAAUCAACAGGAUCAUCUUAUAUGAACAUUGACAAGGUGGUCAAUGAUGUUCUUCUUGCAUCAAAACAUUGAUAAGUUAAUAUGUUUGUAAUUUUAUCAUUUGUUUUUCCUU